AGGCUACCUCUGCUCAUUGCGGACUGAGCUCAGAUCCGAACGCAGCCCAGUUCUCUGGGUCCCCCCCCCCUCUUCUCUAAGCCAGCUGGCCUGGCUUAAUAGCACUUCUUUCUUUCUUUCCUUCUUUCUUUCUUUCUUUCACUUUCAUUUUUUCUUCUUUUUUUAAAAAUAAGAUCCUUUCUUGUUUGAUACAAGGGAUUGACUGAUCAGAACCCACAGCUGGAGCUGCUGGGGGAGCUUCCAGGUGAAGACUGAACUAAAAGCACUGGUGCUUUCGCUGACGUGCCUGCGAAGCGCGUGCUGGUGCUGCUCCAGGACAGGAGACUCCCGGAUGGACUGAACCGCUGGACGGAGAAACGCGAGAGGAAAGUGACGCAGAGACACGCGUUUGCUGAGCGCAAGAGGAGCCAGCAGUUUCGGGAUUGAAAAACCGUGAGGACCGGAGAGUCGACCUAAGGAGCCAGAGGAAAAACAGAAGACGUUUGCGAAAAAAGUGCAAAACAGUACAGCCAAGAUGGGGAGGAAAAAGAUCCAGAUAGCACGGAUUAUGGAUGAACGGAACAGACAUGUGACGUUCACGAAGCGCAAGUUUGGCCUGAUGAAGAAAGCGUACGAGCUGAGCGUGUUGUGCGACUGUGAGAUCGCCCUCAUCAUCUUCAACAGCACCAACAAGCUGUUCCAGUACGCCAGCACCGACAUGGACAAAGUUCUGCUCAAAUACACCGAGUACAACGAGCCGCACGAGAGCCGGACCAACUCUGACAUCGUGGACACGCUGCGUAAAAAGGGUUUAAACGGCUGCGACAGCCCCGACAUCGAGGCGGACGACUCCGCCGGCCAGAGCCCAGAGUCAGACGACAAAUACCGCAAAAUCAACGAAGACAUCGACCUCAUGAUCAACAGACAGAGAAUCUGUCAGGGCCUGCUUCCCUCCAGCUACGAUAUGGGCGUCUCCAUGCCCAGCAUUAAUCCCAGCGGCCUGCUGUACUCCCACCCCGGUGUAAACUGUGGUUUAGGGAACCAAAACCUGCUGCCCAUCUCUCACUCACACCCCUCCCUGCAGAGAAACAGCAUGUCCCCCCAGCGGCCGUCCAGCACCGGAAACGCAGGUCUGAUGGGUUCAGAGCUGACGAGCACCGUGGUCUCCAACGUGGGAAAUGGCAGCUACGGUAACCACUGCACCUCUCCUGGGCUGCUGUCUCCAGGAGGCGUCUCCAAGAACAUGCAUGAAAAAAGUCCUCCUUCAAUGAGCAUGAGCCGUAAGCCUGACCUCCGGACACUGAUGACCCCCUCCAACAAGUGCAACAACAUGCCCACCAUUUGUGAGGAUUUUGAUCUGAUGUUGAACCAGAGAAUAAAUCACUCUCAGACCGCCCAGACGCUGUCCACUCCGGCCGUGUCCAUCGCCGCUCAGACUCUCCCUGGACAGGUGAUGGGCGGGUAUCCGUCCACGCUCUCCUCUUCUUACGGCACAGAGUUCUCCCUCAGCAGCGACCUCUCCUCCCUGUCCGGGUUCGGAGGUUCUGGUCUGGGAUCAGUCACAUGCUGGCAGCAACAGCAGAUCCAGAACCUGCAGCACUCAGCGCUCGGACACAUGGGGAACCUGAACGUCUCCUCCGGUCACGCCAACCUCAACAUCAAGUCAGAGCCGGCCUCGCCGCCCCGAGACCGCAACAUCGGCAACAUCGGCAUGCUCGGACUAAUCGGCAGCGGCGGCAUGACCACAGCCGGAUACUCCACCGUCGUCGGCCGGGGUCCCCACGAGGCGGGCCGUUCCCCUGGCGACAGCGCAUCCAGCUGCGGGAGCUCGUACGAAGGCAGCGAGGAGCGCGACGAUCACCACGGGAACUUCCUUCUCCAGCCGCUGUCCAAUCAGGAAGAGCGCCACAGCCCGUCGGUCAAACGGAUGAGGCUAUCGGAGGGGUGGGCCACAUGAUGGGAGCAGGUCUGCAGCCAAUGGGAGGAGGGUGUUAGUAAAGUUACCUUAGAGUAUUAAUAUUAUUAUUAUUAUUAUUAUCAUAUUCUUGUACUGAGUGGGUGUGCUUCUGUGUAACGUAACAUGUACGUGAGGGAGGGAAGAAUCAGAAAUGAAUACAGUGACGACGUUCUGCUGUAUUUACAACAUGUACUGUAGCUAGAUAUGUACACGAGAGGAAAUACUUCUGGUACAAGUAUUUAUCAAACUGCUUAAAAA